AUGGCAUAUCCAAAUUACUAUAUACCGUCUCCUCCUCCCACCUCUCCUCCCCCCGAGUCCCCCAAGAAGAACUCCGUGGCAGAUCCAAAUUACUACAUUGCGUCCCCUCCUCGCACCGCUCCUCCCUCCGAGUCCCUCCAUAACAACUCCGUGGCCGACCUGCAGCACCAUUACCCAAGUCUCGCUGAGAGCAAGCCUCUGACUAUGUCUUCAGGAGUGACUGGAAUUGACCUGAGCCCUCUCUCCUCGGGCGUCAACAGCAGCAGUUCGCAGAGCUCACAGGCAGGAAUAUCGCCAUAUCAUCCAAACGGCACAAACGGGAGCUGGGCCACGCCUGUGAACGCGGCUUACACCUUCGGCACCAUGACUCACGCCGGCCAGCCCGGGCUCCUUCAGCAGCCAAACUACCCCCGUGGUCUCUACUCUCCUAAUGGUGGCGGUUACAAUCCCCGAAGCUCGCAGUCGCCCGCGACGACAGACCACCUGGCCGCGCCCCCAUACGAUCAAGUCGGGCACCCGUUUCCCAUGUCCAUGUCAGGAGGCGGCGCCGGCCAUACAAGCAUGCUUUCACAACAACAGUCACAUCAGCAGUCGCAUCAGCAGCCACACCAGCAGUCACAUCAGCAGUCUCUACAUAACUCCAUUCUAGGGACCCAGUCUUCGCAACCUCCCACACCUUCAACAAGCGCCACGUCAGAUAACAACUACGCAAGGGCGCCUCCGACGCCUAAUUACUAUGGGCCGCCGCCUUCGUCUACGCCGCAGCAGACAUCAUUUUCGACCUACGCGCCUACCCACCACUCUCCCCAACAGCCAUCGCCAACGACGACAGGAGCAAUCUCGCGAGCAAUACCCGCCCUCAGCUCGCAACAUCACUCCCCGAUGCAAGCACCACCGCAGUAUGGGACUCGGCCGUACGCCUACGGCCAGCUACCUCCGGCAAUGGGAGGAGCAGUCUUGUCGAAUAUGGGAAAUCCCGGCGGACAGAUGUCGAUGAUGGGGGGCAUGAACCAGAUGGCACAUGGCUUUCAUCAUCCAGCGCACCACAUGGGUCCCCACACCAUCUAUGCUCACGGGCCAACGACUAACCUGCAGGACCGUCCAUUUCGGUGCGACACUUGUCCUCAGUCGUUCAAUCGGAAUCACGACUUGAAGCGUCACAAGCGAAUCCACCUUGCAGUCAAGCCGUUCCCUUGCGAUCACUGCGACAAGGCAUUUUCCAGGAAAGACGCACUAAAGCGGCAUCGACUGGUCAAGGGCUGUGGAGAUAAGGAUGGCAAACCUUCCCCCGAUAGCGGAAACGGCAACUCGCCGCUCGAUGACCUCAAGUCAGACCCGGGUAACGGGGUCAAGGAAGAGCACCUCUAG